AUCAAUAUGGCGAACAAUGCUUUUAUACCUGUCCUUUUAUAAGGGCGAUUUUCAUCUUGGAAUCGUUGCUUUUGUACGCCUUUCCUAUGUUUUUUAUUUUCUAAAAACAUAAGCAAAAUGUAAACUGGAAGUAUCCGUGCUCAAACAUCACUUCUUGGCAGUGAAAAUUGUGUUGAUCGAGGGGAAAAGUCCUGUUCUGAGUUGUCAUUGUGCUGUUUUAUGUAUCAAGCAUUUCAAGGGGUUUAAAAUUUGCUGUCAUUGUUUGCGGUCAUGAGUGAUUCCGAUAUGGCCAGCAAGAGGCAAAGUAAUACUCCGCCGGAUUCGGUGACUGGUUUUAAGACGAUAGAAACGAUUGGAAGACUUGUAGUUUUGAUAAUUCAACGUUUCUGGCGGCUGUGCAGUGCUGCAAUGUUAACCUUGCUGUUAUUGUACUGGUUGUAUGGUGGAAUAACAACAUUCCUAUUGCUAAUGGCAGCCGUUCUUGGUGCACUGUACUUUUACCAAGAUGCCUUGCUGUACUUUCCAGACCAGCCUGAAUCUUCGCGUGUUUUUGUCCAAACUCCGCACAAGUUUGGCCUUCCCUUUGAGAACUUUUACCUGAAGACAAGGGAUGGCAUUAGGAUUAAUGUGAUGUUGAUCAAGCAACCGGCACCUCGGUUAGCCGUAGCACCGACUGUGAUGUUCCUACAUGGAAAUGCCGGGAACAUUGGUCAUCGAUUAAUCAAUAGUCACGCUUUGUACAAAAAUUGUGGCUGCAAUGUCUUCCUAGUUGAAUAUAGAGGUUAUGGACGGAGCGAUGGUUCACCCAGCGAGCAUGGUCUCAUCUUCGAUGCCCAGGCAGCAAUGGAUUAUUUAUUGGGUCGCAAAGACAUAGACAGUACAAAGAUCAUAAUAUACGGUCGAUCCCUUGGCGGAGCUGUGGCCAUCCACUUGCUCUCCCUACCUUAUUUUGUGGACAAGGCUUUUGCUAUGGUUGUUGAAAACUCGUUCACAAGCAUACCUCACAUGGCAGACCAACUUAUCAAUGGUCUUAAUCGACUCCCAAUAUUUUGUUUCCGAAAUCAGUUUGAUUCAUUGAAUAAAAUGCGCCGGAUAACAACACCAUCUUUGUUCCUUUCCGGUUCUAAGGAUCAGCUGGUGCCACCUGCGAUGAUGUAUAAACUAUAUGAGAGCUGCUCUGCCACUGUGAAGAAACUGGAAACGUUUGAGAGUGGAACACACAAUGAUACCUGGCACUGCAAGGGAUAUUUUGAGGCGAUUAGUAGGUUUUUGAUUGAGGUUUACGAAGCAAGGCAAAUGGGUUUAGUCACUUCUUCAAAACCUGGCGCAAAUGCUGAUUCAAACUUUUCUUAUGUUCCAAAACCAAUCAGACACUUAUGAUAAAUAUUUAAAUCUAAUAAACAAAAUAAAUGAUAUAAAACAAGUACCACUCAUUGAACUCAAUAGUUCUUUUAGGUUCAAUGGUACUACUGCUUGAAGACAACGUUGCAAAGUUGCAAAAAUGCGACUUUGAAAGCACACAAUAAUUUAUAACUAUAUAGACAUAUUUGUAAUCGAAGCACAGAUGUGCAAAUUAUUAACCAAAGAUGGAAAGGAUUACUAAUAUUGGUAAAUUGACA